UUCAUACAGCAGUGGAGGAUCUGCAUCUCUGCAUGCUUAGUUUUCUGUUUCUUUUAAUGUUUUUACUUUUUGAUUGUAGGUUCUGUCUUCUGGUACAGUUUUUAACAACACGAAUGGCUAAAGUGUUUUUUUCUCUCCUUUUGGCCAUGUGGUUUUCAGUUUUGUAACUCACUCACUUUUUUAUGAAUAUUACUACUACCUGUGUAACGUGGUUCAGUUUCUUGGAGGUUCUCAAAAUUCAAGAGAAUUUCAUUCUUUUUCAUCCUGCAUACUUUCGGUUGUCAUGUCAGAUGGGAGUUUUUUUAUUUUUACUCAUUUAUAUUUUCCAUGACAUAUCCAUCUCUUUCCUGCUGGUAUUUGGGUUGUUCUACCCACAUUUCUCUGAUUUCCUCUGGAACGUUGUUUUAUUUAUAUUUUUGGUUGGUUUGACCCUUGUUUUUUCAUGGGGACAAUUAGUCAUUUAUUAUUUACUAUUGUUUUUUUAUCGGGAGUAUACAUGAAUAUAAUAACGUAAUGUUUACUUGAUUUUCUAUGCUCUUUUUUAGUCUCUCUUUGAUUCUUUGUUGACAAGAUCGUAGUCUCUUUCGUCUUUUUCUGCUUUUGGGUUUUCACUUUAUCUCUUCUCGUAUUUCUGUGUAGUGGGAAACCAGACUAUUUUGUUUAGUUGUACUAAUUUUCUUGCUUUAUACUUACUUUUUUUUCUCUCUCUCUCCGAACUGUCCACUGCCUCAUUUACCAAGUUUUUCUUUGUUAUUGCAUAGCCAAACGAGGAAAAGGACAUGUAAAUGCCUUUCUUUCCUGUUUAUGCAUUCCCUUUCAGAUUUGUGAGUUGAAAUACAUUAACCGAGUUUCUCUACUUCUUAGAUGUUCUUGUUUUUCUGAAGCUUUUGGUGGUUUUAGCAGGAAGCUUUUUUCUAUUAAGAUAAUGUUCACUGCUUUCUUUUUGUUACUUUCUCAUUCUGGGGAUGUUUUUAGUUUGAGAAAGUGAAGGCUAGAGAGAAGCUUUUCAGAUGCUGCUGCAAGAGACUUAAUACCAAAUAUAUGUUGCGCGUUUAAUUGAACCUCGAUAUCAUUUGAUCUAUCAAUGAUCUGGUUUCAUUAUCCAUUCAAACAGCUUCCAGCAUGUUUUGGCUUUGAUUGUUAAGGAAAGACCCGAUUUUUCUGAGUUGUAAAGUGGUUUAUAUUUUGAGCUGAGAGAAUAUUGGGAAUCAGGAUUGUGUGCUUGGUUGACCAGACUUGCUAUCUCAGCAAUUGAUGUGAGAUCUAGAGUGAAAUUAGGAACAACUUGACCUUAUAUUCAUCAGAUGUCAGCAUUCUGGAGUUGAGCAAAUGGGUUGUUGUGUUUCAACAAGCAGUAGAAGUACUUGUAGCAGCAAGAGCAAUGGAGACACGGUCUCUCCAUCUUGUUUAGAAAUUGGAUUCUGUGGGCAGAAGAGAACAAGACGAACAUUCUCUGAUCAUGUUAUUUCUCUUCACCAUUUACCAUCCUUACCUAGCAGAAUUUUCUCUAAUGGAAAGAGCCGGGGUUCGUGCAUCUUUACGCAGCAGGGCCGCAAGGGUAUUAAUCAGGAUGCCAUGAUUGUGUGGGAAGAUUUCAUGUCUGAAGAUAUGAUCUUUUGUGGUGUUUUUGAUGGGCAUGGUCCGCACGGUCAUCUUGUUGCACGCAAAGUUAGGGAUGCUCUACCUCUUAAACUGCUAUCAUUUUUGCAUUCUUCUGAAUCAAAGCGAAAUGGGUCUGGGAAAACUUGCUUCAAAGGGAAUGUAAAAUCUGAUAGUGUAGAAUUUGAGAAGGAUUGCUCCACAGAGGAUAAAAUGAACUCUAUGUGGAGAGAAGCUUUCAUGAAGGCAUACAAAGCCAUGGAUAAGGAGCUCAGGUCCCAUCCAAAUUUGGAUUGCUUCUGCAGUGGGAGCACUGCUGUGACUAUAGUGAAGCAGGGUUCCAAUCUGUUCAUGGGCUAUAUUGGGGAUUCUCGGGCAAUCAUGGGAUCAAAGGAUAGCAAUGAUUCAAUGGUGGCUAUUCAGUUGACUGUGGAUUUGAAGCCUGAUUUGCCAAGGGAAGCAGAAAGAAUUAAGCGCUGCAAAGGUAGGGUAUUUGCUUUGCAAGAUGAGCCUGAAGUGCCUAGGGUGUGGUUGCCCUUUGAUGAUGCACCAGGAUUAGCAAUGGCCAGAGCCUUUGGAGAUUUCUGCUUGAAGGAGUACGGUGUGAUUUCUAUCCCCGAGUUUUCCCAUCGGCAGCUUACUGACAGAGAUCAAUUCAUUGUUCUUGCAUCAGACGGGGUGUGGGAUGUUUUAAGCAAUGAGGAGGUGGUUGAAAUAGUAUCUUCAGCACCAACACGAUCAUCAGCAGCAAGGAUUCUGGUAGAUUCUGCUGCCAGGGAGUGGAAACUGAAGUACCCUACUUCAAAGAUGGAUGACUGUGCUGUAGUAUGCUUAUUUUUGGAUGGGAAAAUGGACUCAGAAUCUGAUUAUGAUGAACAAGGCUUUUCUUCUGCAACCAUACAGAGCAACCAUUCAGGUAACCCCAUUGAGUCAGAUGAUGGACAAAAGUCUGAGCCAUCAUUGCAGAGGAACUUCACUGUGAGAUCCUCAGAAGAAAAUGAGACUAAUGGAGCACUAACUGUUGAUGUCGAAGAUGGAACAUCAUCAGCUGAUGAUCAAAACUGGUCAGGUUUGGAAGGGGUCACUCGUGUAAACUCACUUGUCCAACUUCCUAGAUUUUCUGAGGAAAGGCCAAACUCUUGAGUUUAUUUGUUGAUUUCAUGGGGACUGUUAUUGUAAUACUUGGCACAACACUGAAUUCAAGAAAGAAAAUUUUUCUGCAGGGGUAUCAUUUUGAUACUCUUUUGUUGGCUAAUCACUCUAGUGGAAAACUACAAUAUCCAAUGCUACUACAAGUGUGUACAAUUCUUACAAUUCGAAAUCGAGUUUAAGAACAUCAAUGGUACAAUUCUUAAGCUUCAGAGCUGCUAA